AUGGGUUCUGAAAGACAACAAACAUCUUCCUCUUUUGUUUCUCCAUCCAUUUAUCAUGUGUUCUUGAGUUUCAGCGGUGAAGACACCCGCAAGACUUUUACUGACACUCUUUAUGCAGCUUUGGUAGGUGCAGGGUGGCGUACGUUUAAGGAUGAUAAUGAGAUUGAGAGAGGGGAAAAUAUUAAGACAGAAUUAGAGAGUGCAAUUAUAAAUUCGAGGAGUUCAAUAAUUAUCCUCUCGAAGAACUAUGCUACUUCAACAUGGUGCCUUGAUGAGCUUGUCAAAAUCCUUGAACAUAAGAGGACAAAAGGGCAUGCAAUUCUUCCUGUCUUCUACCAUGUGGAUCCUUCUGAAGUUAGAGAUCAGAAAAAGAGUUUCGCAGAAGCAUUUACGAGAUAUGAGAGGCAAAUUGAAGCUGAAAGUGAUGAAGGAAAGAGGGAGUGGAUGGAUAAGGUCCAAAAAUGGAGAGCGGCUCUUGGAGAGGUUGCAGAUUUGGGUGGUGUUCUAGUAAACAAUCAAGAGGAUAAGAAGGAAUCAGAGUUCAUUGAAGAAAUUCUUCAACUCAUUGAGGAUAAAUUGAACCGCACAAUAUCAAGUGUUGCACCUUACCUGGUUGGGAUCAGUUCACGGGUCAAAAAUAUCAUUUCAUGGUUGCAAGACGGAUCACAUGAUGAUAAUGUUAUUGCAAUUUGUGGGAUGAGCGGAAUUGGGAAGACAACUGUUGCCAAAUAUGUUUUCACUACAAACUUUAGAAGAUUUGAAGGUAGUAGCUUUCUUGCAAAUAUCCAAGAUAUUUCUCAGCAACCAGAUGGCUUAAUUCGCUUACAAAAGCAGCUCCUUUAUGACUUAACUGGGAAAAAGAGUAAAAUACAAGAUACUGAUGAAGGGAUCAUCAAGUUAAGAGAUGCUAUAUGUUUUAAAAGAGUUCUAGUCAUAUUGGAUGACAUUGAUCAACAAGAACAAAUUCACAAUAUAAUUGGAAUGAAAAAUUGGUUCUGUCCAGGUAGUAAAAUAAUCAUAACAACUAAGAAUUCAUGUUUGCUGAAGGUUCAAGAAAUUCAAAAAGUCCAUAAAGUCAGGGAAAUGGGUAAUGAUGAAUCACUAGAGCUUUUCAGUUGGCAUUCCUUUGGGGAAGACCACCCAGCUGAUGACUACAUGGAACUAUCAAAGAGGGUGGUAAAGCAUUGUGGAGGGCUUCCUCUGGCGCUUCAAGUUUUGGGUUCUUCACUUCGUGGGAAAAAUAUCGAUGUAUGGAAGAGUGCAUUAGACAAGUUGGAAGCGAUUCCUGCGAGCCAGGUCAUUAAAAAACUAAAAUUUGGGUAUGACUCAUUAAAAGAUGAUCAUGAUAAGAAUUUGUUCCUUGACAUUGCCUGCUUCUUCGCAAGAAAGGACAAAGAUUAUGUUAUUGCUGUGCUAGAGGAAUCUUAUAUUUAUACAAGAGUUGGGAUUCAGAAUCUCAUAGAUAGAUUCCUUUUGAUGAUUGAGGGUAACAAGUUGAUAAUGCAUCAAAUGCUUCGGGACAUGGGCAGAGAAAUAGUCCGUCAAGAAUCAUCUAAGAAGCCUGGGAGGCGUACCCGGUUGUGGCACUACAAGGACUCAUUUAAUGUAUUGAGAGAAAACAUGGGCUCAGAGACUAUUGAAGGUCUUUUCUUUGACAUGAAUAUGGUAAAGGAAGACGAAUCCUUCAUGGGAAGUUCUAGCAGUGGAAGAAAGUGGCUGUUUACAGAAGUUAAGAGUUAUCGGUUUGGUUUCUCCAGGCAUCCCAACAAAUUUUCUUCAAAAACCUUAAAUGAGCUUGAAUUGGGAACAAAUCUCUUUACAAUUAUGAAUAAGCUAAGACUGCUUCAGAUAAAUUAUACACAUCUAAAUGGUGCUUAUAAAGAUUUUCCCAAGAACCUGAGGUGGCUAUAUUGGAGAGGUUUUCCUUUGAAGUGUGUGCCAAAUGAUUUUCCAUUGGAGAGCUUGUCUGUUCUUGACAUGCGGAACAGCUGUUUGGAAAGACUGUGGGAAGGAAGAAGAGUGCUUCCACUGGUAAAAAUUCUCAACGUCAGCCACUCUCAUUCUCUUAUCAGAACUCCUGAUUUUUCAGGACUCCCAAUGCUGGAGAAGCUUGUUCUCAAAGAGUGUGUCAAUCUAAUUGAGGUUCAUGAAUCCAUUGGAACCUUAGAGGCUCGGCUCAUUUUCUUAAAUAUCAAAAACUGCAAAAGACUAAAGAAGCUGCCCAGAGAGAUUUGCAAGCUAAAAGUUCUUAAAACCUUCAUAAUAUCUGGUUGCUCAAAUCUUGUAGAGUUGCCAAGAGACUUGUGGAGGAUGCAAUCCUUGGAAGUGUUUCUUGCCAAUGAAAUCCCAAUGAGUCAAUUACCCUCUAAGAGAAAACAGAACCCAAUAUGGCAUGCACUUAUCCGGUCUUGGGUUCCAAAUCCGAAAAAAGUUCUAGACCUUCCAUGGGUUUCUUUACCAAAGUCUUUGGUUAAAAUAAGUCUAUCUGGGUGCAACCUAUCUGAAGAUGAUUUUCCGAGGGACUUCAGUAAUUUAAUGUCGUUGCAGAACCUAGACCUCAGCUCAAUAAUCUUGAAUUAG